AUGUUUUCUCGUUGCGCGAAAAAUGUUCAUCUCUUUUUUAUUUUCUACUGGUUGACAUGGAUAGCUAAUCUCUUGGUUGGUGUUCCGUAUGCUUGCUUUCUCAUCGCCGGAAGCAUCACGGUUUUUUUACUGUACCCCGACAUUUCUGACGAAGGUAUACUCUCAUUUCACGGCGAAAUUUGGGUUUACUACCUGCUCGGAAUUAUAAUCAUGAUUCUCGGAAUAUGUUUGCUGAUUAAUUUCAUUUAUGCUCUGAUUUUAUGCCCUCGAUACUGUUGCUCGAAACGAAAAAACACCGUCAAACCUCUGGAAGAAAAAAAUUAA